AUGCCGGAAUAUGGACUGGGGUUCUGGCAGUGUAAACUGCGGUACGAGACGCAAGAGGAAGUCUUGGAGGUGGCGCGGGAGUAUAGGCGGCGAGAACUGCCUAUCGAUCUGAUUGUCAUCGACUUUUUCCAUUGGCCUAUGCAAGGUGAAUGGAAAUUUGAUAGUGCCCAUUUCCCUGAUCCAGACGCGAUGGUUCGAGAGCUUCGCGAGCUGAAGAUUGAGCUCAUGGUCUCCAUUUGGCCUACUGUGGACAAACGCUCGCAAAACUACCAAGAAAUGAUGGAGCGUGGGUACUUGGUUCGCACCGAGCGCGGCAUUCGCACCAAUUUCGAUUUUGGCGGGGAAACCGUCUAUUACGAUUCAACUAACCCAGAUGCCCGCCAAUAUGUUUGGGACAAGGCAAAGCAGCAUUACUAUGCAAAGGGGAUCAAGGUAUUCUGGCUAGAUGAAGCCGAACCCGAGUACUCUGUCUAUGACUUUGAUAACUAUCGAUACCACGCUGGACCGACUCUGAGCGUCGGGAACAUCUACCCUCGGGAUUACGCCAGGACAUUCUACGAGGGAAUGGAACAAGAGGGGCAGACCAAUAUCGUGAACCUUCUUCGUUGCGCCUGGGCCGGCAGUCAAAAGUAUGGCGCCCUUGUUUGGAGCGGCGACAUAGCUUCUUCCUGGGCGAGCUUCAGAAACCAGUUGGCAGCUGGCCUCAACAUGGGCAUUGCGGGCCUCCCAUGGUGGACGACGGAUAUUGGCGGGUUCCAUGGGGGCAACCCAGAUGACGAGGCUUUCCGCGAGCUUUUCGUACGCUGGUUUCAAUGGGGAACAUUCUGCCCCGUCAUGAGACUGCAUGGCGAUCGAGAGCCGAAAAAGGGGACCGGCGAGGCCUCGCGCAGCGGUGCGCCGAACGAAGUGUGGUCGUAUGGCCCGGAAGUCUACGAAAUCUGCCGCAAAUAUUUGCGCAUCCGGGAAGACAUGCGCUCUUACACGAGGCAAUUGAUGAAGGACGCUCAUGAGAAGGGAUCACCAGUCAUGAGACCCUUGUUCUGGGAAUUCCCCGCAGAUAAGGAGAGCUGGGAGGUCGAAGAUCAAUACAUGUAUGGCGACAGGUACCUUUGCUGUCCCGUUUUGAAGCCUGGCGCCAGAGAUAGAGAGUUAUAUCUUCCCCGGCUUCCGGAGGUCGAAGAGUGGGCUCCAUUCUCCCCUGAAACUGGUGGUCAGUCUUAUGGGGGAGCCCAAAGGAUUAAGGUGGAUUGUCCAUUGGAAUCGAUGCCAGUCUUCGUCCGGCGCAAAAAGCCUUGA